UUCCUGCCUCCUCUGGGGCGACUGCGGAAGUGGCCUGUGGGUCGGCGUUAGCCGGGGCUGGGAGAGGUGGUGGUGUUCACGCUCACAGCUGCUUCCGUCCGGAGAAAUGCCGGGUCUGGCGGCCGCGAGCCCUGCCCCGUCUGCGACGCCGGAGAAGAAGCCGCUGAAACCCUGCUGCGCCUGUCCGGAGACCAAGAAGGCGCGCGAUGCGUGGUCAGUGCGGCGCCGGGGCGGGCGCCCGGCCUAG